CCGACUAGAUUGUUCAUUCCAAUUGCGGUAUUGCGCUCCUCAAAAAAUCUGUCAGCAUUUUUGAAGCUGUGUUUAUUAAAGUUAAUCUGCGGUCCUGCUUAAGAAAGUCCGAAGUCAAACGUAGUGUUUCAAUUUCCCCCCAUAUACAAAAUUUCAUUCACCUAAUUUACGUGCGCAUUUCAUCUGCGGUAAUUAUUGUCUCAUAUUUAUCUUAAAAAAUUGUGAACCUACCCUGGAAAUAUCGUGUUACAAUAAUUACUGUUAUAAAACCUUACGAUUCACCUUGUUGAAAACGUGGGAAAACUGAAAAACUUAUCCGACUCAUGACUCUGAUCUUGCAUACAACGGCAGUAUUAGAUCACCCGAUAAUAUAUCCUGAAACGUAUGGGAUAUUCCGUUAAAUUUCGAGUUAACAGCAAAUUCUUAUGAAGAAAAAAUGCCUCCAAGACGCGUUAGUGAUCAUUUUAUCAAAGGUAAAUGUAAUUUCAUCACAUAAGGUAAUUAUGAAGAGCGUAUUGAAAAAACGGCAAUUUAAGAGAUGCUGUUGCUGAAAUUUCACUUUGGGGGGCUCAAGUCCUUUAUUCGAUUAAAUUUCAUACUUUCAUCUAAGGACCCCGGACGUUACAUUCCACCCUCGCCCUCAUCAUGGAAGAACCAUUCAGAAUCGAAAACGACUGGCACUGCAAGCUACUCAUGUUCUUCUUACGACUGCAUGGUCUUCAUUUUAUAUACUUCGGAGAGGGGCUGCUCAGUAGAUCCGUGCUCUACAUCCGGUCAGCCAUCAUUGGACUUCAGUGUUUCUUCUUACUCCACAGCCUGGCCAGCAUCCUCAUGCACAUCACCCAAGAGACUCCUGUCCAAGUGCGGGUGCUCAGUCACUACUCACAGUAUGUGGGCGUUUCCCUGUACAGCGCCUGCAGGAACUACUCGCUGUUGAGCCGAAGGGUGGAUAUCGCCUAUCUGCUCAAAGACAGUUGCCGGGUGAGGCUCCAUUCGGCCGAAAUUGACAUAGCUCCGUUCUGGCGUAAACACACACUCACGCUGUCUAUCUUCUGGAUCGGAUAUAUGCUCACAGCUAACAUGGUUGGGGUUGGGCUCCUUGGGGUCGUAUCGCCUUUUUUGAGGUUUGUGGUGAGGCAGGAGAAACCAACAUUCAUACUGCGGCGCGUGUGGUAUCCAAAGUGGGUCUACUCGUCACCCAUGUUGUGCUGGUGUCUGGCGAUCUACGAGGGGCUCCUCAUAUUCGACACAAGCCUUGCACUACUCAUGCCCGACAUGCUUUACUUGUACUUAGCACACACGACCGUUGUGAAGUUGGAGGCCCUUGGCCAGUUCUUCGCCGACAGCUUCGAAAAGACUGGAAGGGAGAGCAACUCUUCGGGCCUUACGAGAGCAUCGGUGAAUGAAAAUAAUGAAUAUCCGCACGUUGAAUUUACAGGUAAUCGAGAAAAAGGUCACGAGCACAAAAUGGAGGCUUUUAAGAAGGGCAUCGUUGAUUGGCACAUUCUUCGGCGUGAAUCGCACCUUAUAAACAGUGUCUACACAACGAAUGCUGCGUGGGCUGUUAUGGUAGGAGUCUCCAACAAUACUCUGAUGUCUUACUUAGCUGUCACGGAGUUGAUGAGUUCUGGUGCAAGUAUCCGAACGCUUAUCCAUGGUGUGAUAUUUUUUUACCACGCGUUUACUGGUACGUUCAUGAUGUACUCAACGAGUUACGCCGCCACCUUACUUCGGGAGGCGCAUGUAAAUCUGAGACAUUCUCUUUACCGAUGCGACUGGUUCUCAGAGAACUUGGAAUUCAAGAAACUUUUCCUCUGUUUCAAUUUGCCGAUGUUCUGCCCUGUUCAGAUUACAGUUCUUCGGGUUCAGCCUUACAAUCUCGAAACUUUUUCGCUGAAUCUUUCAAGAGCGUUUUCCUACGUACGGUUUCUCCUGCAACUUUCUAGGACCAGUUAAGGAUUUCAACAGUUUCGAGAUACCUCUGUGAAAUUUGACUGCUUGACCAAAUUGCCAGUAUGACAUCGA